CCAAGGAAUGAAGCUGCAUGUCUGUAGAUUUUCAGGUUGGUCAGCAAGUGUUCAUUGUUACACACAUGCUUUAUUCCCAGGUAGCAGUGACGUAAAGAUGUAUGGAUUCAUAGGAAUUUAGAGAGAUUUUCACUCUUUUCACCUUGUGUUUCUACAUGUGUGUGUUCUUGCCUGAUUUAAGGCUGAAGGAUAAGAUGCUUUUUUCAAGGAAUUUGCUUUUUCUGGAAGAAGGAUGCAUAAUAUCAGAGCAACAGUAGCAUUGAAAUGCAGAUAUGCUCCAGGUUCUGGAUGGGAUUUUGACUUUGAAUUACACAAAAGCUGUUUUGUAAUAGAUCUGCUAUGAACAUCACUUUAAUGUAAAUGCAAACUGGAUUCUCCAUUACCCUAUCUUUCUAGAUUUCUAGUGAACAGAUGGAAUGAAAAAAUCUACUACUUCUAGGAAUAAUACUGAAUGGAAGUUUUCUAGAAGAAAAUGACUGCUUUAGGUUGAACAGUCACUCAGUUUGCAUUAUGAGGUGGAAUGUCUUUGCAUCUAAAUCUUUUAAGUAGCUGGAGAGGAGAGCUGAAAUAAAACUGUACAGACAGAGUGAGAUAAACUGGAAGGCUGCAGAACUUGAUAACUCGCAGUGGGUAAAUUAAUCUGCUUUCCAUUUUGUCUCAACAACUUAUUAUCGUGAAACCACACUUGAAAGCACAAGCCAGUCUCUGAUCACACCUGCACAUGAGAGCAAUGAAAGGCUUUCUGCUUCUUGGGAAGUUGAGUUAGCAAAGAUUCAAAAGAAUGAGUGUGUAUGAACACACAUGCAAAGAGGAACUGUGGGCGUUUUGUUCUUAUAAAGAAACCCAAGUCUUGGUGAUAGGGUCAGAUAAGUCUGUGUGAUCCACAGUAAGAACUGAAUUUGAACUUCUAGGUAAGGGGAUUGUGGUCCCUGCUACGUUUGCACUGGGAGUUGUUACCAUCUGGUGCCCAGCUCCAUUUGAUGGUGUUGUGCUUCAUAUAAAACAGAGGCUAUUUGCUUCUACAGAACCCACGAAGAAGUCUUUUAAAAUUGCCUAACCAUCAGUGUCUUUUGGCUAUUUCAGACAAGAUAGUAUAUUGUUUGGAGAUGCUUCAUUGGAAAGAAAGCUAGCUCUCACUUAAAAAUGUAAUCAAACAAAAGGGCACUCCACAGGCACUUGGUUGCUACAGGAGAGGCUUAUUAUCUGCUAGAGUAGAGUUUAUUGGGGUGGGGUGUAUGUGUUUAGUUUCUCCCCCCUGUGCUUAGACAAAUGCAAGACCUCUGAGGAGCCCUUGAAGUAAACUUACUUUUUGCAGAAGAUACUAUGCUGUGUCUGGGGUCAUGUGAAUUUUUAUUCUGGCAUUUCCUUCUGUGUUGAGCUGGGGGAGCUUUGGCCAAAUGGUGCUCCUUAGAUGUUGAGUACUGAUCUUCUGAGUUACCCUCAGACUUGACCAGCAGAGGUGUUUGCUUCAUUGUCUCUGCCUUUGUGUCAAAGUCAGAAAUAGAAAAGCAGACUGGAAGAGGAGUAGUAAAGAGCAGUAGGUAGAAAGAAAGAGAAUGGGAUGGAUUCUUCUUUCAGAAGGAGUAGAAAAUACAGUUAUCUCUGAAAAAACCAUCCAAAGUAGUCUGCCAAGCACCUUUCAUUGCUAUCUUACUUGUGCAGCUUUGGAGCAACGAGCUGAUAAUUAAUCCUGCAGCAGCAUCAGUGGUGUGAGUACAGGGAAGGUAAUGGCAGUAUAAGCUGGAGGUGGGUGAAACCACUGUUUGGAAGCAACAGCCUUAAAUUUGUCUAUGCCAAGCAUGACAUUGCACCUUAAGUUGGAUCAGUGGAGAAAGCGUGGUGCCUACCUAGACUGUGGAAAUUGGAAGUGUUGGGAGGGAGGGGGGGAGGGAAGUAGGACUGUGUAGAUAAGAACUUUCUGACAGCAUAAGCUUCAAGAAAUAAAUCUAUCCUUGCUACCUGAGCCCUUAUUUGCAACUUUGUCAGUUCUAUCUAGACCUUUGUGCUCGAGUAGAUUCUUGUCAGGCUUCAAAAGGAAUCAAAAGUAUCAUCUGAGGGUCACUCAGUGGAGUCAGGGCUUUCUGCAGUACAAGCAGAUUUGCUAGUUAGAUUAUUAGGCCCAUACAAAUGAAAUAGAAGGGUACAUUUCUACAGAAUAAGCUUCUAACAGCGUUUCCUGUAGUCCUAAACACUGAUCAGGCAGCUCUGCUGGUUUGCAUAUGAUUCAAAUUUGAGUAAGGCUUGAGUUGUCUUCUUGGCUCCUCUUUAAAGACAAGAAAAUUCAAGAUCAUAACUACUGUUAAAGUAAUAGGCUUCUACAAUGUUUUUAUUGUUUUUUUGGCACAGUCACUACACUCUGAGAAAAGUAAUACAAAUCCAAUAAAAAAAAGGCAAGAGAGAACUGGCUAUUUAAGUUUUUCCUUGAAUUAGCACUGAAAGGGGCAUUCUUCCAGAGAAAGUGUUGGAAGGGGAAUAGCAGGAGGCAUAUUGUGAACAAAGGAAGGAAAUGUUCGCCCUGGAGAACUAGUGGUAACUGGUUUUAAUGUUUUAAAUCAGUAGUAAGUAGUUUCAACAGUAAACUCUUAGUUGUUUUGUAACAUUUAAGCUGAAACAUCAAUUUUCUUUGAGCCAUGCGAACUUGAUCAAAGUUUGCAGUGUGCAAUACAAACACCUUUGGCACCUAAUGCACAUUGGCUUAAUGGCUUUUGAACUGUGCUUAAAUGCAUAUUUGUGCUCUUCCCCAUGAGCACAAAACAUGUUUGAGAAAACAAGCUUUUAUAAUGCCAAAUUUAAUCAAACCUGCACUCUUAAUUGCUCCAUUCUGGCAAUCCUUUCUCUAAGUCAUCUAAUAGCACACACUUGAAGAAUUUGCCCAAGCUGAGGCUUUUCUUAGAAUGCAUAUACUUGAUUUGCUUCUGCUUCAUGUGAAUUUCUGUUGUGUAAAGUUGUCCUUAGGAUUAUUUUUCCCAGUUAGCAGGCUGAGACAAGAAGUGAGGCCUUAACAUAGGAAACUUCUUUGCUCAGGAGACUACAUGCAGAGCGGGUUCAGAGGCAGUGGAAGCUAGUGGAGGGUUACAUACAGCUCACACUUUUUUAUGGCCAGCUCUCAUUUGAUCAUUUAUUUGAGUUUUACCCAUAUACAAAAUGAAGUGAAUAAAAAUUUGGCCGUGUCAAGGUGUCACGUGAGGUGCUCCUUCAACAGCUCAGAGAUAUGAGGCCCCAACUAAGGGGAGUGUGAGCAUGCAGUCGAUAUCUUGCGUGCUAACCCUCUGCCAGUUGGCACCCAGAGCAGCAGUUUGCUUUAGCUUCUACUUCCUUAAUAAUCUUAAGAGCAGUAUCUUUGUUUUGGAAACAAUGAUUUGAAGAAUUUGUGUGUUCCCAGUUGUGCUGCUCAUCAGUUUUGUUCAUGCCUUGUUUGUCUUGUCUUCUUUUUAAUCUUAGUGUCCCUCUGUGUCUUUCUUACUGUUUGUUCCAGGAUAAUAGUGAGCUGUGCCUUGAAGUACCCUUCUGCUACAUUCAGACUACUCGUGAGACUGCUGUGUGACUAGAAGUCUGCCUUUGUAGCUUGAAUUCUUUCUAACUGGCUUUUUUUGAGCUGUAAAGGUUAGGCUCAUGUUGCAAUCUCACUUGUAUCCUAAAAUGAAAGAAAGGUGAAGAGCAGAGGGGCAUCCUGUGCCCUGUGAUAUACUGGAUUCUACUGGGAAACUUAGCAUUGCUUGUACAAAUCUUCCUCAGGCCUGUAACACUCAUUAGGUGGUGCAGUUUUUGUGUUGCCUUGUCCCACCAGUUCAUCUGUAUCUCAAUUUUUGACAGCGCUCUGCUGAUGGUUCUUAUGUGGCUUUUUAAAUAGGAAAAUUAGUGGGUUAAGUAUGAGUCUUAUUAAGCUACUAUUUUAUUUGCAGUAUCUGGAAUGCCAGAACAUUUUGUGUGGAGGUUGUUUUUUUUUCCUGAAAUUACUUAAUAGAAAUUAAUUAAACACCCUCUGAGAAUACAGACAUUGCCUCCAUCAGGUACUGCCCUCAGUCCUCACGUCCGUGUCUUCUCAUUUUGUUAGAGGAAGUUCCCCUCUCCCCCCCAGUGAAGCAGCGUGGAAGCAAAUGUCACAUAAGUGACAGAGGCAGCUUCCAACUCUGGGAGGAUCAGGUAUGAGGCAGUGAAUGAAUGGCAUUAGGCACAGAAGCAGCACUGGCUGGUCUAGAUUAUGGCUGUGUUGGCUACGGGGUGUUGAUAAGGUGAAUGUACAGCUUCCAGAUACAAAUGCUUUACUUUUGCACUCCAGUUGAGUGUGCUCUCAUUACUCCUUCACUGUGGAUUUAGAUAGCACUUUGUUAUUAUGUAGUUCCCGUUUACAUUAAAACAUCUGUUCUUGUAAUGUAUCUUAAAAGCUGUUUGCAUGAAGGGAAACUGAGAUGUUUUCUGUCAGAUUGAUAUACCUUACAAAUCUGAAGGCUGUCCGGAGGGAUUUUAGCAAGGCAAAGUAGAGAAAUACACUUGUGAAUAGGGGGAAUUGUGAAUAGGGGGAAUAUUGCUGAAGUUUUAACAUGGAAAUCAUCUUUACAAGGUGAGAGAUGUGUAAUCAGCUUGAAUGUGUCUGUGAAGGGGCCUGAAAGAGUGUAGUUGUGCCUGAACUCAGCCUUAUAAUGUGGAAAAAAUCCACCUGUGUUUAUAUCUGAUGUCUUCCAUUUUUUUCUCUCUCCAUAUUUGUUUGUAGUUCCUUCAGAAACAGGUAACUUUUUUGGCAGUCACUCUGUCUCUGCAUCUUGCCUUUCAUAACGCUUCUGUUACCAUAAUAUAUAAUGGAAGCUUAAUCUCUUUGCUGGCACAUUUAUAGCACUGUAAAACAUGCAUGUGUAACUUCACAGAAUCAUUUGGAAUACCUUGCAGUCAGUCAAUGACUUCUGUUCCCACCCCUGAUUGUUACCUAUUCUAAGCAGCUGGAAUUGCAACCACUGAAAAGUUGCAUCAGCACUACUAUUUAGCACAACAAUACUAUGACUGUUUUCAGAACAGUGUACCAAUAACCCCAGAAUGUGCCUGCUGGAGGCAUCAGAUGUAGUGAGAAGCUGAAAUGAUCUCACUUGGAAGUGUUAACCUUCAGCUGUGGAGGAAUUAUCGCAGCUCUGUUGGUGAACUGUGCCCCAAGGUCUCACCAGAUGCUUUUACUGACUCAGCCAUCAGUGCUAAAGUAAAUGGUGAGCACAAAGAAAAGGAUCUUGAGCCGUGGGAUGGAGGAGAGACCAGCGCUACUGAGGAGCUUGAGGCACUGGAGACAGAUGUUUCCAAUGGAUGGGAUCCCAAUGACAUGUUUCGUUACAAUGAAGAAAAUUAUGGUGUAAUAUCAACAUAUGACAGCAGUUUAUCUUCUUAUACGGUGCCAUUAGAAAGAGAUAAUUCAGAAGAGUUUUUGAAACGGGAAGCCAGAGCAACUCAAUUAGCAGAGGAAAUUGAAUCAAGUGCCCAAUACAAAGCUCGGGUUGCCUUGGAAAAUGAUGAAAGGACAGAAGAAGAAAAAUAUACUGCUGUUCAGAGAAAUGCUAAUGAGCGAGAAGGUCAUGGUGUGAACACUAGGGAAAGUAAGUACGUUCCACCUGGCGGGAGAAACAGGGAUGUUCUGUCUUGGGGAAGUGGAAGACAAAAUUCACCAAGGAUGGGCCAGUCUGGAUCAGGCCCACCAAUUUCAAGGUCUGGAUCCCACACUUCAGAUUUCAGUCCUAACUCUGGAGCAGAUCAAAGAGUAGUUAACGGAGGUGUUCCCUGGCCAUCGCCUUGCCCAUCUCCUUCCUCUCGCCCACCUUCUCGCUACCAGUCAGGUCCCAACUCUCUUCCACCUCGGGCAGCCACCCCUACACGGCCGCCCUCCAGGCCCCCCUCGCGGCCCUCCAGGCCCCCGUCUCACCCCUCUGCUCAUGGUUCUCCAGCUCCUGUCUCUACUAUGCCUAAACGCAUGUCUUCAGAAGGGCCUCCACGGAUGUCUCCUAAGGCACAACGGCACCCUCGAGGUCACAGAGUCUCUACUGGUAGGGGUACAAUUUCAAGUGGCUUAGAAUUUGUAUCUCAUAAUGCACCAGGGGAAGCAUCUACUACUGCAGUGGCACGAGGCAGCCCUUCAGGUGGGACGUGGUCAUCAGUUGUCAGUGGGGUUCCAAGAUUAUCCCCUAAAACACACAGGCCUAGGUCCCCAAGGCAGAGCAGCACUCCUGCAGGACCAGCUCUGCCUUCUCCUCAGCCUGGUACUAUUCCCACUGAAUCUGUUGCCAUGCCUGUUCCAGCUGCCUCUCCGACACCUGCCAGCCCUGCAUCCAACAGAGCAGUUACCCCUUCCAAUGAAGCUAAAGAUACCAGGCUUCAGGACCAGAGGCAAAAUUCUGCAGCUGGAAACAAGGAGAAUAUAAAGCCAAGUGAGACUUCUCCUAGUUUUCCUAAACCUGAAAGCAAAGGUGUAUCUCCAAUUGUUUCAGAACAUAGAAAACAGAUUGAUGAUUUAAAGAAAUUUAAGAAUGACUUUAGGUUACAGUCAAGUUCCUCUUCAGAUGCAGUGGAUCAACUGCUAAACAAAACCCGAGAAGGUGAAAAAUCGAGAGAUGUAGUUAAAGAAAAGACAGAACCAGCCCCUAAAGAACCUAUCAUAGAAACUGGCAGUAAUACUAAUUCUAACGGUGGCAGUAGCAAACCCAAUAGUCCAAGUAUUUCUCCAUCAAUAAGUAAUAGUUCUGAGCAAAAGCGAGGGCCAGAGGUAACUUCACAAGGUGUACAGACAUCUGGUCCUGGAAGCAAACAAGAUAAAGAGGAUAAAGAGGAGAAGAAGGAUACUUCUGAGCAAGUUAGAAAAUCAACACUGAAUCCUAAUGCAAAAGAAUUCAACCCUCGAUCUUUUGCUCAGCCGAAGCCUUCUACUACACCAACUUCCCCUCGCCCACAAGCUCAACCAAGCCCUUCCAUGGUGGGCCAUCAGCAGCCAACUCCAGUGUACACUCAGCCUGUUUGUUUUGCACCAAAUAUGAUGUACCCGGUUCCAGUGAGUCCAGGCGUGCAGCCUUUGUAUCCUAUACCCAUGACGCCCAUGCCAGUGAACCAAGCCAAGACAUAUAGAGCAGGUAAAGUACCAAAUAUGCCACAGCAGCGGCAAGACCAACAUCAUCAGAGCACCAUGAUGCACCCUGCCUCUGCAGCAGGCCCUCCAAUUGUAGCUACACCACCUGCUUAUUCAACACAGUAUGUUGCGUAUAGUCCCCAGCAGUUUCCUAAUCAGCCUCUUGUGCAGCAUGUGCCACACUACCAGUCUCAGCAUCCUCAUGUUUAUAGCCCUGUAAUACAGGGCAACGCUAGAAUGAUGGCACCACCAACUCAUGCACAGCCUGGUUUAGUAUCUUCUUCUGCAACACAGUAUGGUGCGCAUGAACAGACGCAUGCUAUGUAUGCAUGUCCCAAAAUACCAUACAGCAAGGAGACAGGCCCUUCUUUCUACUUUGCCAUUUCCACUGGCUCACUUGCUCAGCAGUAUGCCCACCCUAAUGCUACCCUGCAUCCGCACCCUCCGCAUCCUCAGCCUUCGGCUACGCCAACUGGCCAGCAGCAAAGCCAACAUGCUGGAAGCCACCCUGCUCCUAGCCCCGUGCAGCAUCAUCAGCACCAGGCUGCUCAGGCACUCCACCUGGCAAACCCACAGCAGCAGUCGGCAAUUUACCACGCAGGUCUAGCUCCAACCCCACCUUCCAUGACGCCAGGCUCCAAUACGCAGUCUCCACAAAAUAGUUUUCCUACAGCACAACAAACAGUCUUCACCAUUCAUCCCUCCCAUGUUCAACCUGCAUAUACCAAUCCGCCACACAUGGCCCAUGUCCCCCAGGCUCAUGUACAGUCAGGAAUGGUUCCUUCUCACCCAACUGCCCAUGCUCCAAUGAUGCUAAUGACGACACAGCCACCUGGUGGUCCCCAAGCCGCCAUCGCUCAAAGUGCACUACAGUCCAUUCCAGUCUCGACAACAACACAUUUCCCCUAUAUGACGCACCCUUCAGGUGAGGAGUGUGUGCCCGGGAGACCUGCACCGUAACUGAGCCAGGUCACAGUAGCGAGGAGAACUGUUACGAACCAGAUUUGGGGAAAAGAAUAACAAAAAAAAAAAAAAUAAAAUAA